UACGCACCAGGAACAGACUUAAUGAGUAAAUGGAUAUUGAAUUAUGAACUGGUCAUCAAUCUUAUUAUAAAAAGUGUUAUUGGCGAACACGCUGAAAAUGAAUACAGCACAAAACCCACAGAAUGGACGAACUACACCAGAUCCAAUGUAUUUUACUGUCCAAAUAACCGUGCAAAAACCAAGAGAUUACCGCCUGUGCUUAUAGAAGUCCAAUACGCUGCUAAUGGUGCUUUUUUCCGUCGACUCAUCGAGUAUUGUCUGAUGAUAAGAAAACAACACCCAAUAUUGCCAGUGGCAGUAGUCUUUUGUAUUCACAAUACAACACGUGAUUGUUAUUUCAUUAGUGCAUCAACUAUUUCUGCAUAUCUAGAUCAACAGCCACUUCAUCCCUUAGCAGCACUUGGCCAUUUUUUCACUGAACAGAAACUGUCCAUCUUGGGCACAGUGAAAAAGGAGGACGCAACAAUUAAAUUAUUAUACGAGAUCGCCAAACGUAUAUUUGAAAAUGAAGCAGCCGACGAAGAUGCACGUCAAGAUUCCCUUAAUCUUAUCUGCAAUAAGGCAUCGGCGCAAUUCAAACUGGCAAUGCUAGAGUUAAUGGAAGAGUUACGUACGAAAUAUGCUAUUGUAUCAUCAUCUGCAAGCGAUUCGACAGUCAAAGAACGUCCAUCCAACCUCAAUGAUUGGUAA